GGGAAUGAGCGCCGAGCGCCGCGCGCCACGGUAUCAGUAGAACAGUAGCUAGCUACAGUAUCUUCAGUCCGUGGUAGCCGCGAGGAGCUGUACUCGGAUCCUGACUCCAUGGCAACCGCAAUGGCAGAAACAGAGAUACGUCAGAAACUGCUGCGCACCGUCAAGAAGGAGGUGAAGCAGAUCAUGGAGGAGGCGGUGACCAGGAAGUUUGUGCAUGAAGACAGCAGCCAUAUUGUUUCUUUCUGCGCCGCUGUGGAGGCGUGCGUGCUGCACGGGCUGAGGCGGCGGGCGGCAGGGUUCCUGCGCAGUAAUAAGAUCGCCGCGCUCUUCACCAAGGUGGGCAAGGGCUUCCCCCCGGCCGAGGAGCUGUGCCGCAAGGCCCAGGCCCUGGAGCAGAUCAUCGAGAACAAACGGAACCAGGUGCCCCUGAACCCCGAAAGCACCCGCAAGCUCCCCAAGCUGCCCAACAUGUCCCCCCAGGCCAUCAAGCACCUGUGGAUCCGCACGGCCCUCAUCGAGAAGGUCCUGGACAAAAUCGUGCUCUACCUGGUGGAGAACAGCAGCAAGUUCUACGAGAAAGAGGCUGUGCUAAUGGAUCCUGUGGAUGGACCAAUCCUUGCCUCUCUGUUAGUCGGGCCCUGCGCGCUGGAGUACACCAAGAUGAAGACCGCCGACCACUUCUGGACGGACCCCUCGGCCGACGAGCUGGUCCAGAGGCACAGGAUCCACAGCGCCUACUGCCGGCAGGACUCGCCCACCAAGCGGCCCGCCCUCUGCAUCCAGAAGAGACACUCCAGCAGCAGCAUGGACGAGCGGGCCUCCCCCUCCCCGUCCGCCCGGGACUACGUGGAGUCGCUGCACCAGAACUCCAGGGCCACGCUGCUUUUCGGCAAGAACAACGUCCUGGUGCAGCCGAGGGACGACAUGGAGGCUAUCCCAGGGUACCUCAGUCUCCACCAGACCGCUGACAUCAUGACCCUGAAGUGGACGCCCAACCAGCUGAUGAACGGCUCCGUGGGGGACCUGGAUUACGAGAGGAGCGUUUACUGGGACUACGCCAUGACCAUUCGCCUGGAGGAGAUCGUCUAUUUGCACUGUCACCAGCAGGUGGACAGUGGGGGUACUGUGGUUUUGGUGAGCCAGGAUGGGAUCCAGCGGCCCCCGCUUCGCUUCCCCAGGGGGGGCCACCUCCUGCAGUUCCUGUCCUGCCUGGAGAACGGGCUCCUCCCCCACGGCCAGCUGGACCCGCCCCUCUGGUCCCAGAGAGGAAAGGGAAAGGUUUUUCCGAAGUUGCGCAAGCGAUGCCCUCAGGGAUCCUCGGAGUCGGUCUCGGACAAAGAGGAGGACGAGGCCACGGACUACGUCUUCCGCAUCCUUCUCCCCGGCAGCCAGUCGGAGUUCGGUACGCCGGACCUGAUGGACCAGGGGGCGACCCUGUGGCACCCCACCCCCAGGAAGUCCUCCUGCUCCUCCUGCUCGCAAAGCGGGUCCUCUGACGGCGGACCGCCCAACGGGUGCAACCACGAGAGGGCCCCUCUGAAGCUGCUCUGUGAUAACAUGAAGUAUCAGAUCAUUUCCCGGGCUUUCUACGGCUGGCUGGCCUACUGUCGUCAUUUAUCCACGGUGCGCACGCACCUGUCCGCGCUGGUCAACCACGCCAUCGUCGACCCGGACGUCCCGUACAACGCCUACGGGGGCCUGACGGCGGAGGUGUGGCAGAGGUUCAUGGGGGACUGCUCCGCCUACGAGGAACGGGAGCUGCUGCGCCUGGUGUACUUUGGGGGGGUGGACCCCACCCUGCGCAAGGAGGUCUGGCCCUUCCUGCUGGGGCACUACCAGUUCGGCAUGUCCGAGGCGGACAGGAAAGAGGUGGAUGAGCAGGUGCGGGCCUGCUACGAGCAGACCAUGAGCGAGUGGCUGGGCUGCGAGGCCAUCGUGCGGCAGCGGGAGAAGGAGCAGCACGCCGCCGCGCUGGCCAAGUGCUCGUCCGGCGCCAGCAUGGACAGCAGCAUCCAGAAGAUGAUGCACCGCGACUCCACCGUCAGCAACGAGUCCUCCCAGAGCUGCAGCUCAGACAGGCAGAGCCACGCCCGGCUGCAGAGUGACUCCAGCAGCAGCACACAGGUCUUCGAGUCCGUAGAGGAGGUGGAUCAGAUCGAGACGGAGCCCAAGGGCGACGAGACCAAGCAGGUUCCCAAAAUCCCCAACGGGGCCCUGCCCAACGGCACCACCUCGCCCGACUCGGGGCACCCGUCGUCCCGAAACUUCUCCAUUGCCUCCGGCCUGUCCGACCGCUCCCUCAGUACGGAGGACAGCGGCGCGCCCGAGGCCUCUGCCAAAUCCGCUGCCCCCCAGCAGCAGCCGCCCCCCCCCCAGCCCGGGCCGGCGAAGGCGGAGCAGGCCGCGGAGGCCUCCCCCACCUCCAGCCCCCCCCAGAGCACCCGGUCACAGUCCCAGCCCCAGGCCCAGCCCAAUGGGAAAGAACUCCAGGCUAAGGACGCGUCGGAGAAGGUCUCCAAAACUCCCGGAGCCACAGAAACGGAAGUGGCCAAAUCGCCCAAAAAGGAGGAGGUUAGCGUUGCUAAACCAGAGGAGGUACAAUCACCUGAGCAAGAAGUAGCCAAAUCGCCUAAAACAGCGGAGGUCAACGUUGCUAAACCAGAGAAGGUUCAAUCACCUGAAAUAGAAGUAGCCAAAUCGCCUAAAACAGAGGAAGUCAACGUUGCUAAACCAGAGAAGGUUCAAUCACCUGAAAUAGAAGUAGCCAAAUCGCCUAAAACAGAGGAAGUCAACGUUGCUAAACCAGAGAAGGUACAAUCACCUGAAAUAGAGGUAGCCAAAUCGCCUAAAACAGAGGAAGUCAACGUUGCUAAACCAGAGAAGGUUCAAUCACCUGAAAUAGAAGUAGUCAAAUCACCCAAAAAAGAGGAGGUCAGCAUUGCUAAACCAGAGGAGGUACAAUCACCUGAAGCAGAGGUAGCCAAAUCGCCUAAAAAAGAGGAGGUCAGCAUUGCUAAAUCAGAGGAGGUACAAUCACCUGAAGCUGAGGUAGCCAAAUCACCUGAAAUUGAGGUGAUCAAAUCACCUAAAGGAGAGGAGGUCAGUGUUCCUGAAGCAGAAGAGGUCAAGUCAAAAUCACCUGAAGCAGAGGUAACCAAAUCACCAGAAGCAGAAAGGAUCGAAUCGCCUAAAACAGAAGAGAUCAGUGUUCCUAAAUCUGAGGGGGUGAAAUCACCUGGGCCAGAAGCAGCCAAAUUACCUGAAACAGAGGAGGUGAAACCCUCUGAAAACGAGAGGGCUGGUGCUCCAAAAACAGAGCAGGUCAAGACACCUGAAGCAGAAGAGAUUAAGUCACCAAAAACAGAGGAGGUGAAAUCACUUGAAAGCGAGGUGGUCAAAUCACCUACAAUAGAGGAAGUCAGGUCACCUAAAAUGGAGGUUGCCAAAUCUCUGGAAUCAGAGGUCAAAUCACCAGAAACAGAAGAGGUAAAAUCACCUACAAAAGAGGAUGUCAGGUCACCUAAAACAGAAGAUGCCAAAUCUUUGGAAACAGAGGUCAAAUCACCAGAAACAGAAGAGGUGAAAUCACUCAAAACUGAGGAGGUCACUGCUCCUAAAACAGAGGAGCCUACAGAUGUAGACGGGGAGGUGAAAUCUCCUGAGGUGGAAGACGUUAAAACUCAAACAAAAACAGAGUUGGCCCAGGCAACGGAAACAGAAGUUGCCGUGUCUCCCGAAACACAAGCCCUCAGAGCUCCGGAUACGACGGAGGAGACGGAACAGGCGAGACCUUCAGAACAAGAGGUGGUCGAGGGUGCGAGGGAAACGACAGAGGUCAAACCUCCCGAACCGGAGGACGCCAAGGUCAUAGAACCUGAAGUAGCCAAAGCUCCACAAACGAAAGUCGGUGGAACUCCUGAAACCGAAGAGGUGAAAACUCUUGAGUCAAAUGGCGCAGAGGUGGCAGAGGCGAGAUCUCCAGAUCCAGAGAAGGCCAAGGUUCCAGAGGGGCAGGAUGGUACGCCAGACGCGCAAGAGGUUAAAGCUCCAGACGCCGACAUUUUCAAGGCUUUUGAAGCAGAGGAGGCCCUCGUGAUAAGUAUGGCCUCCAGCACCAUAGAUACCAGCGAUGCUCUGCUCACCAUAGAAUCAGACGAGUCUCCGUCCGCCAUAGAAAUGGAGGAGAUUCCCAUGGCCAAGGGGUCCAUUAUCUCGUGGGACAGGAAAGGGACGUCGAUGGCCCUGGGGUCGCCGACGGGGGUGGUGGGCUUGGUCCUGGGAGAGGGGUCGGGAUCGGCGCUGCCCGUCCUGGAGCUCCGGCUCGAUCAGGCGGGGGAGAAGCCCAGCCCGGAGGGGACCGAGUCGGUCCUGUCCGAGGAGCCCGAAAUGGAGAGCCUCUUCCCCCAGUUCGACUCCCUGGUCGUCGCCGCGGAGAUGAAAAACGAGGCGGUCUCCCCCGUCUCGUCCAUCGGGACCACCUAUUCCCAAGAGCUGCUGGACAUGUACACCAUCAACCUGCACCGCAUCGAGAAGGACGUCCAGCGCUGCGACAGGAACUACUGGUACUUCACCCCGGCGAACCUGGAGAAGCUGCGCAACGUUAUGUGCAGUUACGUCUGGCAGCACUUGGAGAUCGGCUAUGUGCAGGGCAUGUGCGACCUGCUGGCGCCGCUCUUAGUCAUUCUGGACGACGAGGCCAUGGCCUUUAGCUGCUUCACAGAGCUCAUGAAGAGGAUGAACCAGAACUUCCCUCACGGAGGAGCCAUGGACACACACUUUGCCAACAUGCGCUCCCUCAUCCAGAUCCUGGACUCUGAGCUGUUCGAGCUCAUGCACCAGAACGGGGACUACACCCACUUCUACUUCUGCUACCGCUGGUUUCUGCUGGACUUCAAGCGAGAGCUGGUGUACGACGACGUGUUCGCCGUGUGGGAGACGAUCUGGGCGGCCAAGUACACCUCGUCCGGCCAUUUUGUGCUCUUCAUCGCCCUGGCCCUGGUGGAGAUCUACCGGGACAUCAUCCUGGAGAACAACAUGGACUUCACCGACAUCAUCAAGUUCUUCAACGAAAUGGCCGAGCACCACAAUAUCAAGCAGAUCCUGACUCUGGCACGAGACCUGGUGUGCAAGGUUCAGACGCUCAUCGAGAACAAGUGAAGAAGAAGAAGAAGAAGCCGCCAUUGGCCGUUCUGCUGAGUCAUUCUGUUACAGGCAUUCCCAGCGUCCUCUCUGUCCCAGCAGUGUCCAAUCAGAGGCCUCACACAGCGGCCCCUGGCAGUAGGAAACCAUAUAUAUCCCAUCCACCCACCACACAUAUACCAUAGACGCCAGUUCAGCAUUCCCACCCAUCAGCCUGAUGCCUCUCUGUGUUACUCCAUGCAAAGCUAAAAGAAACCUGUAUCCGCGAAAGCCAGUGUGUGUUUACUGUGUGCUUACGCUGUUACCGCGGGUGACGGGGGGGGGGGCGGGGCUCGUGGAGGUGGCUCGCAGCCCUGUCACCACGCGGUCGUUAUGUUUGUGCAAGGCUGGUGCUCGCCCUGGGUCUGGCUCCUCUUAGGCGCGAUCGAAAUGUCCUCCACCUGACAGCGGUAGCAGGUGUCCGCUGUUGCCCGCGGUUACGGAGGCCUGGCGCGCGUACGUGUCAUCCGGGGCAGUGCGUUUUGUUUUUUUUCGCAGAGAGCAAGAGGGGUCGGCCAUUUUGGGAAGUGUUUUUUUUUGUUGUUGUGGCGGUGCAGGAGUUUUGAGGGCCAGCGUUGCCAACCCGAAACAGAGAGUCGCAUGCGCCCCCCUGUGCCAACGCACCCUCAGUGUUUCAACUGGACCCGCCGGCCAGAACUGGUGGCGGUCCGGUCGACUUUUCUCGCCCGUUGUAUUUUUCACGCUGUUCCCACGAAGUGAAAAGCCGUUCUGUUUCCACGGCGACCUUCAGAAACCCCCCAGCCAUGUUUCUGUUGGGUUUUUGUCGUUCGUGAACGUCGAGGUGCUUGAAUUUCUUCCCCGGUUCUGUUUGUGUGGCGUGUGUGUGUGUGUGUGUGUGUGUGUGUGUGUGUGAUGUGGAAAGUGAUGAGAAAAUCUACGCCGCCUGCGUUGAAAGUGCGGAGGCCGUUCACUGAACUCUUCACCUCGUCUCUGAUUGGCUGUUCGCCGUGAUGUCCGAGUCCUGCCGCUCGUUUCUGUGUGUUCUGCACUCUAGUCUGAUACCCUCUCCACUCAGCCAAUGUGCCAUAAAACAUGCUUUUACUCUGAAGAGGUGUAAUAGGAAAGAAAGACCUCAAUGUAUUUUCUGCCUUAAUUUCGAUCUGUCCUUGCAUGGGAUGGUCCAAUAUUUCUGUCACUGUAAAGUCCUUGGGUGGUUAUUACACGGGACCACUUAUACUGCUGGAGUCAUUUCAUAACCCUUAUGGCGUAAGCUGCUCCUGUCCGAAGCUCACGGAAUGCUGCCGCUAAUUCUUCCCGUGGGUCAGAAUCCAGUGUGUGUGUGUGUGUGUGUGUGCCGAGCUCUGCGCUGACGUUGUGUGUGUGUGUGUGGGAUGACUAUCGCUCUCUGUCACACCAGGUAGAAUGUUCUAAUGGUCGUCAGGUGUCCUCGUGUUGACUGCCUCCAUAUCAGGAUUUUACUCGCCGAACCCAGGGUUUCCAGGGAAACAUCUCUCUCUCUUCUCUCUCUCUCUCUCUCUCUCUGCGAGAUAAGUUCAGAUGCACCAUUAGCUUUUCACACAAGAAAAUGGCACUCUGACUAAGAGAGAGAGAGAGAGAGAGAGAGAGAGAGAGGCUGCAGCUGUUUUCUCAGUGUUUCAGCAGGCCGCAGAUAGCAGAUGAUUACAGUCUUAAUUCACUAGAGAAAGGAAGGAACACCCCCCACCCCCCCCACCCCCCUCAGCAGAGAUAAUGGUACGACCCGCAUGCUGCUGAGAGCAACUGCGUCCUCUCGGUUUUCAGGACUUGACGUCAUGUGGUGCGUCCUCCAAUCAGAAGGAGGCUGAUUGCCUGGAGCGAGACAGGCUGCUCUUCUAUUCUGUGCGUGUGUGUGUGUGUGUGCGCGUGUGUGUAGGGACAUGCUGGACACAUUGCAUUCUGGGAAGAAAAGUCAAAAUGCAGGAACAUGUUGAAGCCCUGUCAGUAAUUUCGUCUUAAUUGCCAGUGUUUUGAGUGACCUUUUCUCCCACCUCAUCUGGCAUUUGUGUUCAUUCUGCUGUCUCUCUGUAUAUUGCUGUUUGUGACUUGUACUGUAACAAGGGGAAAUAAUCAACUCUUUAUGAGAAAAAAAAACAAAAGAAAAAAUCUUAUAUAUUAUUAUAUAGAGAGAAACGUAUAUGAUGUACAUGUGAAUUAUGGUUUUCUCGGACUGAAAAUGAAUACAAAAAGCAACAAAAGAAAAAUAAAGAAUAUAUAUAUAACAGUGCUCUUAUUUAUUUUCUCAUUAUUAUUCAGUGAAUCACUGUAUAUUAGGUAAAUCAUGUGCUGCUUACUCAAUAUCUUCUGUUGUCCUUCUGCAUUUUACUGUCGUUUAGCACCACUUUGAUGCUUUAUUUGAUUUUUGUUUUUCCAUUUCAAGAGCUGAGGAGUCCGUCCAAAUAAUCGCGAAGGUUGAGGGGAGAGAGCAUUUGGUCGCAAUUCAAUUUACACAUUUAACCCUGCUGGAGCAAUUUUAAGUGAUAGGUGGAUAACAAAAGAAAUGGUUAGUAGUUAACUGGGAAAAGUUAUGUUUUUGAUGAUUGUACAUAGUUGCUAAUUCCAGGCAUUUAGCUAAACGCAGUGAAGGCUCAUGGGUAAACGGAAAGUCUGUGUGAUAACAGAGACUGCUCUUCGGAUUUGUCUGUCCAUGAGAUCGUUCGCAGGGUAUUUGUGAGUGUAACACAAAAAAUCCGAGAAUAGACGAUACUAUUUAUGUUUGCGAAAGUCACACGUUUCGCAAGUUUCCGAGAAGCAUGGCAGCUUGGGAACUGUGUCCCCCGGUGACCUAAUGAUGUAAAUACCAUUUUAGCCUGCGAGAAACCAGCUCCCUGAAAUUCACCUGAAAAAAAGUAUAUUUAUCUGACAAAAUGGAGUCAAUCUGCAUUGCUGCCUUUAGUAAUGGAUUAUUCAUAUUAUGUGAUCAAAAAAAAGUUUUUUCCCUCUCUGCAAAAUCCAUGCUGCAGACCAAAAAGUCAAUUCAAUGCUCCUUCAACCUACUGAGUGGUCAUGUAUGGCUUAUAUAGGACUUUUAAUGGUUUCACUGUCUUGUGAAAUAACAGUCACUGGACUCACCGUUCAUGUUAUUUUCCUUGAAUUACAUCAGUUCAGAUGUUGUUUUCUAAGUGUGUGAAAUAUCUUGUAUUGAGUAUUAUGGUAGCUCUUUGUGAAUGCAAACUACUGUAUGUUACAGCAAAAUAACAAGAAAACCAACUAUUUGUAUAUUUUAUUUAUUCAUUAUUCGUUUUGCUUUUCUAUACUAAGCUAAGAUGUUUGUUAUUUUGUGACUGGUCAUAAACAAUAUAUUACAAAUAAAACAAAAUCUAAAUAUAUAUUAAAUGGUCUAUGUAUUCAUAAAAAAAUCAAUAAAAUGGAAUUGUCCUUAUUUUUCCAA